AUGGCGACUUCAAUAGGGCUGCUCAAAUUCUCUAUGAUCACAGCCCCGACACCUCGCACUGUCAGGACCCGCAGGCUUUCAAAAGCGGACUGGCGAAGGCAUUCUGUGACUGCAGGAAGCAAGUCUAUGAGGAUGGGUUCGUGCAGGUCAGCGAUGCGGUGUUGGAGGCGCUUCGCUUGGUCCGACAAUACAAUGUCGGCCUCGACACCACCCUCACAUGGACAUUGCUGGGCAUGCUCAGCAUUGAAGGCUCUGCACGCCAGCUCGACCCAGAGGUGGAUUGCGCCAGGGCCGCGACGAGGUACAUUCUGA